AAAUGACCUCUUAAAAUCUCCGAUAGACACGCGUUGUGUGCAUAAUGGAAGUUCUCCUGUACAUUUACAUAUUUCUAACAGUAAAAACAAUAGCUGGAACAACAGUCACAAGACCAGUUGAUCCAUGCAAAGACAAAAAUGACCACUGUAAUCAGUAUGUCAGUGACGUGUGUACUACCUAUGUUCCAUGGGCAACGGAUAAUUGUCAAAGGUUCUGUCAAUUUUGUGCACCUCUGUACACGACAGCACCACCACCAUGUGAAAACAAACUGAGUACCUGCUCUGACUACAGCAUAGAUGUUUGCCAUGACCCACGUUACUAUCCGUGGUCAGAAGACAAGUGUAGAUUGCACUGUGGAUUGUGUGGCGAUACCGGAUUCUUCAAAAAAUGCCACUAUAAAGGAACAACGUACAAGGAAGGAGAAACAUGGACUGAUGGAUGUGAUUAUGAAUGUGAAUGCAUAGAUGGACAAACUGGAAGAUACACAUGUAGCAAUAAGUGCCCAAUAUAUUUUGAUUUACCACAGAACUGUUCAUUGGUUCAAAAAUCAAACCAAUGCUGCAAACAGCCUCAAUGCAGCACAAACCAACAGACUCAAACAAUAGCAAGUUCGUUUGAAGGAACAGGAUCAAUAAGUGGAAAGGGAGCAAGCCGACCAGGAGAGAUUACUCCUCCACCUUGUGGUGACAAACUAAGAAAUUGUCAUCAGUAUGCCGCAAAUACUUGUACAACAUAUGCUCCCUGGGCAAAAGCUAAUUGCAGGCAGUAUUGUAACCUUUGUAAUAUAACCUCAUCGCCUGGUAAGGAAGAUAAGUGUGUGUUCAAUAGGGAAAUCUACAGUCAAGGUGAUAAAUGGCAGGUUGGUUGUGAUACCCAAUGUGUUUGUGAUGAUGGUUUAUAUGGAUACUAUAGAUGUUAUAAUAUCUGUCCUACCUAUUCAAAUUUGCCCUCUGGGUGUAGUGAAAUGAAGAAAUCGGGAGACUGCUGUCCAACAAUUGUUUGCAAAACUGGAUAUCUACAGACUGCAUCAGUUAAUUCAGCUUCGAUUGGCGGAAGCAUAAUAUCAGUGAAAAAUAUUACAAACUUAUAUACCAAACUAACUACUAUUUCGGCAAAAACCUCGACACAACCAAAUUCGUUGACACAGUGUAUUGAUUCUACAUUCAUUAAAUGUAGUGACAGUCAUAUAUGUAGGGAUACUUACUUGAGAAGAUUAUGUCCAGUAACAUGUAAACUCUGCGUUCAGACAACGAGUCCGCCAUGUGUUGAUGUUACAUAUAUCGACUGUGCCGACGGUCAUGUUUGUGGUGAUGCAUAUCUUCGACAAAAAUGUCCAGUUACAUGCGGCAUAUGUGCUGGAUCAGUGAAAAAUACAACUCCUACAUGGAUCGCAAUUGGAAAGUAAAAGCUUCCUUUAUCAACUAUUAAAUUGCCUAUAUAUUUUAA